GUAAAUAGAUUUACGGUCAGUUGCACAAACGGUUAAAUGACGCCUAAAAAGUCUAAAGAAUGUCAUAUUUGUAUGGGUAAUGUCGCAUAAACUGAUGACAAUUUUUAUGUACGUUUGUGCUGUUAAUAAUAUUCAGACAAAAAGUUUACUAAUUAAAACAUAGAAGUAAUAAUGUGCUUAUAAAUCAUCGCCAUCUUUCGUUCAUUUCAUUUUCAUUUUACAUGUAAAAAUUAAUUUAUUUACUUGACAUGGCAGAAUUGUGCGAAAUGCCAGAUAAGCCAUUAUUAAAAAAGAAGAAGAAAUAAAACAUAUUGUCUGUCAAUGUCACUGUCAUGUCCGUAUGUGUAUUGUCUGUCAAUGUCACUAACUGUCACUCAAGGUGUCCGUUUUAAAAGGAUAAAAAGAAUUUUUGUGCGAAAAGCGCAGCUGAGCCUUUGAGAAAGGAAGGAAGAAAAAGUUGUGACAAUGUGAAAUGAAAAUAAAUAUUGAAUAGAUAAUGUUUUAUCGAUUUCUCCGCGGUCGUUUGAAGUUCAAGUUAUUUGUUUUUUUGUCUGUUAUUCUUAUUGUUUCUGUUACUGGAUAUUUCUUCCCUCAAUUUAGGAUCUAUCCUAUUGCUCCACCGACUGUUUCUCAAAAUGCACUUCAUACACGUACUUCUCGACAUUUGUCCAAAUUGUUUACUGUAGUGUUUCGUCAGUUUGAAGAUUUCGAAAAUGAUGUCGCAGAUAGUGUCCAGUCGUUUGUUAGUGCGUUUCCGAAUAUGCCCGUGGUCGUCGUUAGUGAUAGUCAACCUUACCCACCGUUUCCAUUCUCAGCCACGAACGAGACUCUACGUAACGUGAAAGUGAUUUCCCUGGAACUUAAGUUGGAUUCCUCGCCUCGAGAUCUUAAUCCUUUUAGUUAUAUCCUAACUGAAUUUGUACUUUUUGUGCCUGAUUCAGUGAGGGCCUCUCGUCGGGUGCUUCAGCAAGUGGCUGCCGCCGCUACAGCGUUUCCGAAUCAUGCUAUUGCUAUACCUAUAGCUAAUGUUCAUGUUGUAUGUCUACAAGUACAGUGGAAUUAUGCUGAAUGGACUUUACAAUACACUAAGGAUGCAUCAGGAAAGUUGUGUGAUGCAAUACAUGGGCAACAUGCAUUGCUUAUAAGAACGUCACUACUCCAUUCUAUGCCACAACCAUUUAUAUUACCAUUCCCAGAGUCACUCUAUUUACAAACAGCAGUAAAAAAUAUUAAGAUUCAAAUAAUGGAUGGCAAAUUGGGAGGGGGUCGUAGCGUUUUAAAGUCUCCUGGAGCUCGCCAGAGAGUAUCACGUCGCAUGAGAGAUUAUAGAGUGGCACUAUAUAAACAGCUUGGUGUGAAAGCUGUAAUCAGAGAAGAUGGUAGAGUGCAGUGGUUUGGCUGCAAAAAAGAAACUCAGAGAUGCUACCCAUCCGUGCAAGGGACGCCAUCUUAUAUUUUAUCUGGGCGAAACACUCCACCAUGUUGUCGUCGUAAUAUGAGGAGAACAGCGGGACAUGUAUUGCGAGCGCUCUUACAAGCAGGUGUUCGAUGUUGGCUAGAAACUACGUCAUUAUUAGGAGCUGUUGUACAGAGCGAUUUGUUACCAUGGGUUGAAUACGCUGAGAUCGGCAUCCAUGCUGACGAUGUCUCACGCGUACCUUGGUUUCAACGUGGAGGCGCUGACGCCGACGGCUUUGUAUGGGAGCGGGCAACAAAAGGCCACUAUUAUCGGGUAGCAUUUUCUGCUACUAACAGAGUGUAUGUUUUAAUCCUGCCAUUCACCGCUAGGAAUGGCACUAUGUGGCCAGCCGAUUGGGUUCUGGCACAUCAGAAAGAGUUCCCUGAACGUCAUUUGCAUCCUCUUGCUCAGGUAAGUUGUAAAUAGUUAAUCGUUUAAAUAUUGUAUUUACAACAAAGUGGAAAAUAAUAUAUUAGUAAUAUUUCUAACUUAAUAACAACCAUUUUUAAUGAAUAUUGAAUUAAUUUUGAAGUUGAAGUUAUGGCAGUGGUAUUUAUGUACAUAUCAAUAAUUGUUAUGACAUAAUAGAAGAAUCACUCAAUUAUAAUGAAAAAAAAAAAACAUAAAUAAUUCAAUCUAUUAUAAGGAGAAUUGAUUGUUUAUUUGCAUUGAAUAGAUUCCGAAACUAGUGGGCCGAUUUUAAAAAUCCUUUUACCUGCGAGAAGCUUCACGGGUAACAGAGGCUAUGAUUUAAACCCUCUAAGUCGCUUGAUGGCAGCUAGUAAUAAAUACACUUUCCUGUUACCUUCAUUAAUUUUAAGGCAGUAUGAGUUUCGUGGUGAAUUGUUAAAACAUUCUUCCUGCAAAUUAGCUUUUAUUUUCAGAUUUCGUUCGCAGGCCGGCAAGCACCAGCACCCAAUGAUGCACGCGCCUUUCUAGAUAUAAAACUUGGCAUGGGUGCGGUAGACAAAUGUGCCAAAAUAGGCCCAAAACUACUGUAUCCUUAGAAUUAAGUACUCUUUAAACACAGCUGAUUUUAGAAACAUUUACGCACUUUUAACUUUUAAAGUUUUGGAACGUAUUUUAAUAGUGAUAAUAAUCAUCUUAAAUACAUUAAAACAUUUGUGUUUAUUUCUGUUUUCACGACCUCCGUGGCAGAAUGGAUAGGUCGCCGGUU